CUAACACAAGUUAGGGAUACUAACUGAGUAGAAUUUUCGAGUUUUUUGGUUAAUGCAGGGGACCGGGCACUAGCACCUUGCGCCGAAUUACACGAAGUACUAGGUAUAUGAAUUGCUAGUUACACGAAGAGGUGAUCCAAUUGUUACAUCAAAGAUGGUGGACGAGGCAACAAAGAAAACAGUAGCAUCUAUUCCUACCUUGAAAACCAAAGCUGGUCCUCGUGAUGGCGAUCCAUGGGUUCAGAGGUUAAAAGAGGAAUAUAUGAGCUUAAUUAAGUAUGUAAGUAACAACAAAGAAGCAGACAAUGACUGGUUCAGGCUGGAAUCAAAUAAAGAGGGGACAAGAUGGUUUGGUAAAUGCUGGUAUGUCCACAACCUUUUGAAGUAUGAAUUUGACAUAGAAUUUGAUAUACCAAUCACUUAUCCUACAACUGCACCAGAGAUUGCUCUUCCUGAACUUGAUGGCAAAACUGCUAAAAUGUACAGGGGAGGAAAAAUUUGUAUGACAGAUCACUUUAAACCUCUCUGGGGAAGAAAUGUUCCUAAAUUUGGAAUAGCACAUGCCAUGGCUCUUGGGCUUGGACCAUGGCUUGCUGUAGAAAUCCCAGAUCUGAUAGAGAAAGGAUUGAUUGAAUACAAAGAAAAGUCUGCUAGUAAAUAGACAGAAAAUAAAAAUAAUGAGUCCCAAGUUAAAACGAAACGAAAUAAAAAAAAAGAGGUACGGCAUGAAUCUUCUUAGAAUAUAAACACUGUCUUAGGAUGUUCCCGUAGGUUGUCUUUGUGUUUUUGUUGAGCCGGCGCUUGAAACAGAGAAAUACAUUGCUGGUUACCUUAUGAACUUUUGCUUAUCAGUGCACUUGGCUUUCACGAGGUUUAGUAAGUGUUAAAAUAUUCCCUAACCCUGUAUAAGUCCUCUUGUCCAUUGUGCUAUCUUUUAAGUGUCUUGAGUACUAAAUUUUCCCAUUUUGUUAACACGGAACCCUUAACCUGGGAAUUCAACUUGUUUUUAACAGCUAGGCAAUGGUCGUACUCUUUGACCUGAGCGUGCAUUGAAUGACUUCGUUAGAAUGAUCUGUCCGCUUCGUGUGGAAGUAAAUAAAUAUUACAUAAAAGUGCACUUUAACCCGUUUUAAGAGAGAUAAAAUUAUUUCAUGUUACACAGAAACUUCGGUUUAGAAAGGUAAAUUCAAUAGAAACAUGACACACGUAAGUUUGUUUCAAAAAAUGAAAUGUUAAUUGGUAAAUCUUUUCAUGUAGGGAUUACAGGGUCAGUGUCAAACGAAAUGUGCCCACGAAAACUCACUUGAAUACCUUUUCUAAAAGCUUUCAUAUUCUUUAAUCUAGGUAAUAGCCAAAAAAUACCUUCUGAUUAGCGAAAUGUUAAUUAUUCGGCAAGUUGCAACAUUAACUUUUCGCCUAGGGUCUAUAUAUACAUAUUGAUUUGUAAGAACAAAUUCUGUUCACUAGGAAGGUACGUGAUAUUUCUUUAACUCUCUUUAGAUCAAAGCACUGAGAGUUUGCGGCAUUUAAUGAAGUGCUUUUCUGUUUUAAAUAUUAAUAAAGAA